AUGACAAAAAUUAUCACAAAAAGACUAACUGAAAUGAUCAAGAAGGUAGUAUCUCCUCAACAAGGUGCUUUUAUUAAGGGAGUAAAUAUUCAAGAGAAGAUUGCAUUGGCCUCUGAACUAGUUAAUGAUAUGGAAUACAAGAGAAGAGGUGGAAAUAUGGGAUUAAAACUAGAUAUUACUCAGGCCUAUGACUCUCUUAGUUGGAAGUUCUUGUUUCAAGUCAUGCAACACUUUGAUAAGAUAAAUGUAAAGAAAUUGUUGAAGGUCCUAAAAGACUACCAAGCUGCUUCUGGUCAAGUUAUCAGUUCAGAAAAAAUCAAAUGUUUUGUAGAUGGUACAAGUGAAGCAAGAAAAAUUCAAGUUGCAAAAUUAUAUAUUAUGCCUCUCUCAACUUCCCCUGACAAAUAUUUGGGAGUCAUGCUGGAACCAGGGAGAGUAAAAUCUAUUCAUCUUUGGAGUAUAGUGGAGAUGAUACAAGAAAGCUUGGCUGGAUGGAAAGGUAGAUUACUUUCAUUCCAAGAAAGAUUGGUUUUGGUAAAAUUUGUUCUAUGCAGUUACCCCAUUUAUUCAAUGGAAGUAUACAAGUGGCCUAAAACAAUAAUAAAAGAAUGUGAAAGAAUCAUCAGAAACUUUCUUUGGACUGGUGAUCCUUCCACUAGAAAAGUUAUAACUUUAAAGUGGGAUUCAGUUUGUACUCCAUUGGACGAAUGUGGUCUUGGAUUGAGAAGGAUAGAAAUUCUUAACAAAGCUCUUAUAAUGAAGCUUUAUUGGAAACUUCUAAAGGGUGAAGAUGAAUGA